AUGGCGAGUACUCCUAGCACAGCAAUCCUCUUCGUGCCGGGUUCCUUUGCCCUUCCGGAAUUCUACGACCCCGUCUUCGAAAAAGUCCGAGCCAAAGGGUACAAUAUCCAGGGUCUUCAUAUGCCCACCGUCGGCCUGUCUGCUUCAGAAGGCCGUCCGACUGGUCCAGGUGGUGGUCCUCCCACAAUGUACGACGACGCAGCGUACAUCGCGACCGAAGCCGAGCGUCUCGCGGACCAAGGUACCAGGGUCGUCAUCAUAGGCCACUCGUACGGCGGUGUCCCCGUCUCACAAAGCACCAAGGGCUUGAGUGUCGCGGACCGAAGUGCGCGAGGUCUCCCCGGUGGCGUCGCGAGACUGGCGUACAUGACUUGUCUUGUGCCCGGCGUAGGCGAGACGGCAGUGGACGUUCUUUCAAAGGGGCCACAGGACCAACAGGUUGAGAUGGAUGUUGAUGACUCGGGAUGGAUGACGCAUAGAAACCCGGAAAAGACAGCGUCGCUUAUCCUGCAGACAAUCCCACUGGACGAAGCCACGGCCCUUGUCAAGUUGUUCCCGAAACAUUCAGCCCCCAGCUUCGUCAAUCAGCUCACCUAUGCGGGAUACAAGGAUAUUCCCGUCUCGUAUCUCCUGUGUGAGGACGACCUGUGUAUUCCGCCCGAUGUGCAGCAGCGAGGGAUCGAUAUCAUCGAAGAGCAAAGUGGGUCGAAGGUCGAUGUUACGAGAAUCAAGGCGGAUCAUUGUCCGAAUCACAGCGCCAUGCAGAGCGUGGUAGAUUGGAUUGUGAGUGUUGCUGAGAAGGCGAGCACUUAA